AUGCAACGUUGUUCCGUUCUCUUCUCUCGGGCCUUUGUGUUAUUGGGUCGUAAACGAGUGCUUCUUGAUCCAUCACAUCAUCAUCCGUGCUUCACUCGUAAUAACACUAUUUUUUGUACAAAUCCAUGUUUAAAUACAUGGCUCAUGAAAACAGAAAAUAAUGCAAAAAGCUAUUCAAGUAAAAGAGAAAAGCCUGUUGAUGUGCUAUCAUUGUGCAAAAUCCGAUAUUUCGAUAAAAGUGGUGAAAAUGAUGUUAUUGAAGGAAAAAGAAAAAUUGUUAAAUUUGCUGUGGAAGCACAUGUGGAAGACUCUUUAAUAUUAAAUGAGAAAAUAAGAAUUGAUAAAUUAUUGAGUCAACUACUUCCAAUCAGCAGAGAAUAUGCUCAAUUUUUGUUGAGCAAUGGACACGUAAAAAUUAAUAAUAAGAAAAGCAAUGAAGAUACAAAAUUUGUAAAGUUUAAUGAUGUAAUGUCAGAUACAGCAUUAAUUUUUGAAAUUUAUCUUGAAAAUAGACCUAUCAAUACACAUAUUAUCACAUCAGAACAAGAAAAGUUUCCAUCAAUACCUAUACAUGUACUGUACGAGGAUGAAGAUGUUAUUGUUGUUAACAAACCUUUUGGAUAUACUGUUCAUGCUAGUAAAUCUCAUCCUGAAGAGACAACAAUGAUUAAUGCGAUUCGCUAUUACUGCACCAAAAAAUAUGAAGAGGAUAAAAAGUCAAAAAAGAAAUCUACCAAAUCAUCUCUUCCACUUGUAGUGAAUCUUGCUCACAGAUUAGAAACUCAAAUGUCAGGUAUUUUGAUUUGUGGAAAAAACUCGUAUUCCAACCAAAAAUUAAGCGAACAAUUUGAGCAGAACUCUGAUAUGGGCAAACAAUAUUUGGCUGUAUGCGCAAUUACGGACGUCAAAGCUCUCAAGAAAAAGCUGAAUCCAUAUGCUUUUAUGGAAGAAUUUUUAGAGGAUGAAGAGGAUGACGCUUAUCUAGCAACAUUAUCAGAGGAAGAAUUGCUGCAAAGAUAUGGAAUUAAGAAAGUGACGGCCUCAGAGUUAAAACAAGAAGGACUGCCAGACAUUCUAAAUUUGCAAGAUUUUGUGGAAUACGAAGAGGACGACGAUAUGGAUCUCGUUGGAAAGCUGGAAGAACAUGAGAAUUUGGAUACAUCUGGCUGGAUUGACUUGUCCAAAGAUCAUGAUGACUUUGUUGAAAAGAUGGAAAAGGCAGCCAAAAACAAAACAAUAACAAUGGAAGGAGCUGUCAAGUUGGUCAAACAUGCAAGUACAAACAAGAUGGUCGCACAGAAAGCAAACAGGCAUGACGAGUUGAUGAAAAACGUCAAAGUAUUGAAGGAUAUCAAAACCGUUUGUAACGUAUUGGAACUUAAUGAGGAAAAGAGUGUUGCAUUGGUUUCCAUAACUAUUCCCUCCGGAUCCGUACAACAGGUGCGCUCUCAUUUGGCAACAUAUGGAAUUCCAAUGCUUGGGGAUUUGUUGUACUUUGAUCAAGUGGACAACAGAAUUCCCUACGCAAUUUCACGAUCUCACAAUGUCAACCAUAUUUUGUUCCAUUUGUACAAGAUUUCUUUCCACCAUCCAAAUUCAGGAAAGAAGAUUGUAGUUCGAGCUCCAUUAUUGUCUCCAAUGAAAGAUUUUAUAUCCAAGAAUUUUUCCGAGUCCACAAUUCACAAAUAUGCCAAUCCAGAAACAAAAGAGGAAUGA